UGGCGUGGAAAGCCUCCUGGCGGCGCAGGAGAGCGGGCAGGCAAGGAGGCUCCGGGUCGGGGUCGCGGAGUUUGGGUUUCUCCCGACAGUGUCGUGAUUGCGAGCGGUGUCAGCUAAUGCUACCAAGGGCACCCGGGACAGGCAGGGAUCUCGGGGUUGCGCACCUGGGCUUUUUUUUUUUUAAAAGGGGAGAAGAGUGUAAGGAAGGAGGACGUACAGGACACGGGCUGGAACAUUAAUUGGAGCGUUUCAGAUGUGAAGAGCAGCAGCAGAAUUUCAUAUCUUUUUCCCUCAGUAGCUCCAUUAGGUCAACAUCAUUUGCGAAUACACAGAUUUGAAAUUAGCUAGUGUGUUUGGCAGAAUUUGACCGAAUUCAGGGAGAGCGUUUCAUCCAAGUGCAUUUUAAUUGGGGCACGCACUUCAACUGCAGUUUACGAUGGGAUUUCUGAAGACCUGUGUACUUGGAAGACACGCACACACUGCAGUUUGCUUCUGGAGAAGCAAAGUUGUACAAAAGCCGUCACUUCGAAAGAUUAGGACUUCCUCCCCAAGGAACAAUGUCAUGCCUGCUUGGGUGAUAGACAAGUACGGGAAGAAUGAAGUGCUUCGAUUCACUCAGAACAUGAUGAUUCCUAUCAUACACUAUCCAAAUGAAGUCAUUAUCAAAGUCCAUGCUGCGAGUGUAAAUCCUAUAGACGUUAAUAUGAGAAGUGGUUAUGGAGCUACAGCUUUAAAUAUGAAGCGUGAUCCUUUACAUAUUAAAACCAAAGGAGAAGAAUUUCCUCUGACUCUGGGUCGGGAUGUGUCUGGUGUGGUGAUGGAAUGUGGGCUUGAUGUGAAGUACUUCAAGCCUGGAGAUGAGGUCUGGGCUGCAGUUCCUCCUUGGAAGCAAGGCACUCUGUCAGAGUUCGUCGUGGUCAGUGGGAAUGAGGUUUCUCACAAGCCCAAAUCACUCACUCAUACGCAAGCUGCCUCUUUGCCAUAUGUGGCUCUCACAGCCUGGUCUGCCAUAAAUAAGGUUGGCGGCCUGAACGACCAGAAUUGCAUGGGAAAACGUGUGUUAAUCUUAGGUGCUUCCGGUGGAGUUGGUACUUUUGCUAUACAGGUAAUGAAAGCAUGGGAUGCUCACGUGACGGCAGUGUGCUCUCAGGAUGCCAGUGAACUUGUAAAGAAGCUUGGGGCAGAUGAUGUGAUCGAUUACAAAUCAGGAAGUGUGGAAGAGCAGUUGAAAAGCUUAAAACCGUUUGAUUUUAUCCUUGACAAUGUUGGUGGAUCCACUGAAACGUGGGCUCUGAAUUUUCUCAAGAAGUGGUCAGGAGCCACCUAUGUGACUUUGGUGACUCCCUUCCUCCUGAACAUGGACCGUUUGGGCAUUGCAGAUGGCAUGUUGCAGACCGGAUUCACUGUGGGUUCCAAGGCAUUGAAGCAUUUCUGGCAAGGAGUCCAUUAUCGCUGGGCCUUUUUCAUGGCCAGCGGACCAUAUCUAGAUGAUAUCGCGCAACUGGUGGAUGCAGGGAAGAUUCGGCCGGUUAUUGAACAAACCUUUCCUUUUUCCCAAGUUCCCGAAGCCUUCCUGAAGGUGGAACGAGGCCAUGCACGAGGGAAGACUGUAAUUAAUGUCGUUUAAAUAAAUACGCAGUGUAGUGAUG